UAAAAAAAAUUAUGAAGCUCCCGAUUUUGCAGAAGAGAAUAGAAGAGAAAGAAAGAGGCGAAGAGAGAGAAAGCAAUUAUGCCUUCAGAUUCAUCACUCUUUCUCCUACUGCUCUUCUCCAUAGCUUUCAAUCUGCUCUCUCUAGCCCACGCCACGAUCGGAAGCGAAGAAAGCGGAGGAGGGAUUGGGAGGAGGGCGCUGCUGAGUCUGAAAGAAACUCCUCACGGAAGCAACGCCACCUACGAAUGCUCUCCGGCUGGCCCUUGCGUUCCUUGCCUUUACCCCGAAAAGAAAGACGAGAAGUAUCGCUGCAGUGAGACUGGGUAUCGCAUCCCCUUGAAAUGUGUUGAAAUGAAACAUGGCUCAAAGGAAGCUAAAAUGAAAGGUGCUCAAAAGAGUCGAUCUGCUCUGGAGAUCUCCCACAACAUUGAAGAAUCGGAUAAAGCAGACGACCUUGGUACUUAUGUAAAGCAUAGAAGUUUACUUGAUGAUUCAUCCACACAAGAGCCACAGGCUUACAUUACAUAUAGAAGCUGUAUACCAGCAGUUAAUGAAGAGAAGUUGUCGGUGCUUGGUUUCGAGGUGAUCGUGCUGUUCUUGUUGCUCAUCAGCGGUUCAUUAGUAUACUUCAGAAGAAAGCAGACUACUUCAACUGCAGGAUUUGUACGAAUUCAGAACAACUCCAGGUUUUAAAUGGAGAUUCGAUGCCACAUCGGAAGCUCACUCGAACUGUACCAUCUGCUGCAUACUAUUUCUCGCGUUAAAAGGAUCCUUUUAGUGUUCUUUUCAUCUGUUCUGCAAUAUUUAUCACACAGCUUAUUAUUCUUCCGUUAGGAUUGUAUUUCAAAAGACACUUGUGCGAAAGAAAUGUAAAAAAAUUCCUACAUUACCAUGCAGUUCAAUAUAAGUUAUUUUUCGGUUCAA